AUGCCGCCUCACAAGCACUACCACCUGCGUGACCUUGUCCCUCUGCCCCAGACGCCCCUCCAGACCCUUGCCGCGCUCGCUGGUAUCGGCGCCUCGGCCUGGUUACUAAAGCUAAUCAUACGACACAUCCUCCUCCGCAGUCCCGCCAAGCGCUCCCGCGGCUCCCCCUCCUCGUCCGGUCCGACAUUCGCAGCCAUGAACGCCGAAAGGAAGAAGGAGCUCCUCGAGCGGCCCGUCAUCAUCGUCGGCGGCGGACUGGCCGGCCUGGUGGCGGCAUUCGAGCUCUCGGAGCGCGGCGUGCCGACAAUCAUCAUCGACCAGGAGAACGAGAAGAACCUCGGCGGGCAGGCGUUCUGGUCUCUGGGCGGAAUAUUCUGCGUGGACUCGAAGGAGCAGAGGAGGAUGGGCAUCAAGGAUUCCAGGGAGCUCGCGAUGCGCGACUGGUUCGGCUCGGCGCAGUUCGACCGUGAGAGGGAGGACACCUGGCCGCGCCGCUGGGCCGAGGCGUUUGUAAACUUCGCCACCGACGAGAUGGAGGACUACGUCAAGGCCAGGGGGAUGGGGUUCCUGUUCAACGUCGGCUGGGCCGAACGUGGCGCCGGCAUGGCCGAGGGCCACGGCAACUCGGUGCCGCGGUUCCACGUCACCUGGGGCACGGGGCCCGAGGUCGUGAGGGUGUUCGCGGAGCCCGUGAAGCGCGCCGCCAAGAAUGGCGUCAUCCAGUUCCGCUUCCGCCACCGUGUCGACGAGAUCAUCACCGACGAGACGGGCCGCGCCAUCGGCGUCCGCGGCAAGGUCCUCGCGCCCGACGACUCGCCCCGUGGCGUCAAGUCCAACCGGGACGUCGUCGACGACUUUGAUAUCUUUGGGUCGGCCGUUGCCGUCACCUCCGGUGGCAUUGGCGGUAACGUCGAAGCCGUCAAGGCCGCCUGGCCCGUCGACCGCCUGGGUCCCAAAAUCCCCGAGAAUUUCGUCGUCGGUGUCCCCGACCACGUCGACGGCCGCAUGAUCGGCAUCUCCGAGGCCGCCGGCGCCAACGUCAUCAACCGCGACCGCAUGUGGCACUACACCGAGGGCCUGCAGAACUGGGACCCCAUCUGGCCGAACCACGGCAUCCGUGUGCUCCCCGCGCCCAGCUCGCUGUGGCUCGACGCGACGGGCAAGCGGCUGCCCCCUUUCUUCUUCCCCGGCACCGACACCCUGGGCACGCUGAAGCACAUCUGCAGCACGGGGUACGACUACACGUGGUUCAUCCUAGACCAGAGCAUCAUCGCCCGCGAGUUUGCGCUCUCCGGGUCCGAGCAGAACCCCGACGUGACGGGGAAGAGCGUGUGGCAGCUCCUCACACGCGUCUUCGGCAAGAAGGGCACCGUGCCGGUGCAGAACUUCCAAAAGCACGGCAAGGACUUUGUCGUGCGGGACAACCUCGCGGACCUGGUGCAGGGGAUGAACGAGCUGCAGCGCGAGCGCGGCGGGCCGGUGCUGAAGCUGGAGGACAUCCGGGAGACGAUCGAGCUCCGUGACGGGCAGUUCGACAACACCUACUCCAAGGACGCGCAGGCGAUGCUCAUCAACAACGGACGGACGUAUUGGGCCGACGCCAGGAGCCGCAUCGCGCCGCCGCACAAGCUGUUGGACACGAAGCACGGCCCGCUGAUCGCGGUGCGGAUGAACCUGCUGACGAGGAAGACGCUCGGCGGCAUCGAGACGAACCUGGAGAGCAACGUCAUGAAGGCCAACGGUGAGAAGUUCCCAGGCCUGUACGCGGCGGGAGAGGCGGCCGGCUUCGGCGGUGGCGGUGUCCACGGCUAUAACAGCUUGGAGGGGACGUUCCUGGGAGGCUGCAUCUUCUCCGGAAGGGCGGCAGGUCGCGGCAUCGCGGAUGAGCUGCUAGGGCCUGCGGAAGCCAAGGGCCCAAAGUCGUUCCUGUAG